AUGCCCCCGACGACAUUCAUCCUCGAUCUCCCUAUCGAGGUUCUGGCUCAGAUUCUGGACCAAAUUCUGGGCCAAAUCAUUUUCGAGCAGCGAUUUUCCAGAGUUCCAUGCACCGAAAUCAUUACUAUUCUCCUCACCUGUCGGCAAUUUUACCGCCUCACACUUGCCCGGCUCUAUCGCAAAUUGGAGUUUUCCUACCCCGCUAGACGAAAAACCAACCGCCUCUACCGUUCCUUACGGUCCGACUCGAGUCUUAUCUUGCUUGUCAGAUCUCUUCUCCUGGUUCUACAGCGGUAUCGGACCGAGACCUGUAUGCCAGUGGAGGACUAUGCGGCUGCAGCCGAUGUGCUAAGCCUCUUUCGCUGGGCCCAGGUCCACACGCCGAGGAUUCAGGGCGAGGUGGUUUGGUCCCCCGAGGACCAGAAACGCUUCGAAUCACAAUCUGAGCCCGAACAGUCUAUCAGUCUCGGCCAGUGGCAGCUCUUACAUUAUGCUCUCCGACAGCUUCCAGCGUUGCAGAGAGUGGAGCUGAUGGGCGAUGUAGAUGGGCCUUGUUGUCGCUUCGGAGGGCGGUUCGACUGUCGGCUGCAGGGCUAUGCGGAGCUCCGUGCGUUGCCCGGAUCAGACCCGACAAUUCUGUCGGCUGUCAGAGAAGAGGCUCACGAGGGGUGCGCUGGUGUUCAGGAUGAUGCGGCUUUGCAACAAACGACGACUGAUGGCUCGGUUGAGUUCAGCCUGGCAUUUGACGAGCUCCUGAAGGACGGGACCCCGGAGACACCCGCCAGCGUCAAGAUCUUCUACCCGUGGCUGCAGGCCCACCCCCACCCCCUCCGCCGCAUGGUCUUUGGUGCGAUUCCGUUCUACUCCCUGGGCCUGGAGUUUCGGGCCUCCACUUUUCCCAACUUGCACACGGUCGUCUGCCCGCCCUUUCACGUCUUGUCCGAGACACACCCCCACGUUUACUGGCGUCCGGCCGCAGCGGUUGAUCAGCUCUUGGGUCCAACGGUGCGGACGCCAGGCUUGUUGGGGUUCGACAAGCCACAGGCGCGUUGGCUGCUGGCGUUUGCCCAGGGCGCCGUCGCGGACGAAGGCAAGGCGCUGCGGACGAUUCGGAUCGAGUUUGUUCCGUAUAUUGAUUGGCUAGGCUAUGUAGACCCGGACGACUAUCCUUGGGACCGCAUGGAGCAGUUAAAGCCAAAGAUGCGCGUAUUAGGGAUUGCGUUGGAGUACGACACUCCGCCUUACACGCGUGAAGAAUAUUCACGGACUUGUAAGGAAGUUCGGCAGAUGGUGGAAAGUGGCCAGUUGCCACCAUUGUGGGAUAGGGUGUGA